AUGUUAGGCAAGAAACAAGGUUCGAAAAUUAAUAUUCCCCUUCUUCAGAACCUUCCCUCCCAUAAUAAUAUUGUAAAUAGUUAUAGUUCUAGGGAUCCAACAUCGACGGAGAGGAGGAAAUUAAACAAACUUUCAACAAAAUCGAGAAUUAAGGAAGACAAUUACAAUUUGGAACGAAAAAUUCUUGUGGAUGAUGAAGAUUUCAAUCUUGUCACGGCACCAGCUACGUUUGUACAAGUUAUCGAAGAAGAAAAUCUCGAUAACAAUGCUAAAAACCAACUAUUGGUUCCUAAUAAUCAAACAAAUACUUCUGAUGAUUCGGAAGAUAAGAAAAAUGGAACAAGACAAACACGAAGAGUCAUGAAGAAGUCUCCUACAGCUUCAACAGCCAUCAGCAAAUUUUCUCUUGUACACGGAAAAGUGAAAGCUAUUGCAUCUAUUCAAUUGGCUGGUAAAAUUAGGAGAAAGGAAUUAAAUCAAAAAGUUAAACAAUUAAGUGAAUAUGCUGAUCACGAUCUUGAAGAAAUUCAGAAAGGAAAAGAAAAUAGAAUUUCACCAUCAUUCGAAGAAUCUGAGGAAGAUGAUCAAGCGAGAAGAGAUACAGAUUAUGCUAAAUAUUUACAAGAUAAAAAGAAAUUGGAAAAGAAACCUAUUGAAGAUGAUAUUAAUGAAAAAAUUAAAUUGGAGGAUAUUAGAAGAUUAUUUGAAAAUAGUUCCGAAGAUGGACUUACAGAAGAUGAGUUCAUCUCUGGAAUGAGUAGAUUAUUAGGAUCUGGAAGAGAUAGAGACGAAUUUAAAGCUCUAUUUGCUCGCAUUGAUGCCAAUGCAAACGGAAGUGUGGAUUGGAAUGAAUUUUCAACCUAUGUUUUGCUAGGUUAUGAAGGUGCUAAAAAGAUGAAAAACAAUUUUGAGGAUAAGAUGUUUGUAAAACAAACAUACCCUGAUAUCAAUACUAAACCAAUGUACCAUAAAGGAAACAUUACAAGAAUAACAGUGGAUGAAAAGAGACAGAGAUACUAUACAGCAGGAAAUGAUGGUUUAGUGAAAUCGUGGUAUUAUGAAAAUUUAAUGUUUGACAGAAAUAUUUAUUAUUCACCGAGCAGUAUAAUUACAGAUAUUUCAUAUUUGCCCUUACAUGACGAAUUAUGUAUCUGUAAUGUUGACAGAGUUGUUAGUUUUUAUGAUCUCGAUACUUUCACUGUAAGAAGAGCAUUUAAAGGUAGACAAUAUUAUAAUAAGGGAAUUUAUAAUAUCAUAUCUAGUAGAGCAACAGCAGACGAUACAACAAUCAACAGUCUCAUGAGCACAAUGGAGGACGAUACCAAUCCAUCUGCCAACUCAAAACCAAAUAGACAAACCCAAAAACUCUCCUCUUCACUACCAUCACUUUCUAGAAGAACUUUCAAAGAGUAUGCUCCUAUUAAUAUGCCUUCUCGCCUUAAAGAUCCUAAUCCUCUAAUUGAAACUCUUUCUCCACUUCCUAAUAGUGUGAAAAUUCACAAGCAAAUAGAGAAUAUGAAGAAUGAUUAUUUUACGAAACCAUUCCAUAUUAGUGAUUCAGUUCAGCUCACUGUUUUGGAAGAUUUUAUAGACACUCCUACAUGUAUGACUGAUUUUUCUAAAUUCUUUGUUGACAGAAAGAUGAAAGAAGAAAAACGGAAAACAGGAGUACUAUCACUUCCAACCAUAAUCAAUCAAACUGGGGAUUAUGUUGGUAGCUAUUCAAAACAAGGUAUUGAAAUCAUUAACCCUUGCUUCAUUAUGUUUGGAAUGGAUUCUGGUUAUGUGAAAUUAUUCGAUUGUACCACUACCUAUACGGGAAGUAGAGUUCAAGAAUCUAUUCUACCUGAAAAGAAGUGGAAACUUCAUAAUGGGUGGGUUUCAAAAAUAAUCUAUGCACCAAGUAUUGACUGUAUGAUAACGAGCUCGUAUGAUAAGACCAUCUCUGUAACCAAUUUUGAUGAUCCAAAACGUGGAGGAAGAAUAUUGCAAGGCCACUCAAUGGAAAUAUACUCUGUUGAUUGGUGUGAAAGACAUAAAUUAGUAGCAUCAUCCGGAAGAGAUAAGGAAAUUAGAUUGUGGAAUCCGUUCAUUCCAUCCUCUUUAGUAACACUUUGUGGUCAUGAAAAGCCUGUAAUAGAAGUCAAAUUUAAUGUUGACGAUAGACAAAUCAUAUCUUAUGAUACUGGAAAAACAAUCAAAGUUUGGGAUUUAAGAAACUAUAAGCUUGUGCAAACAAUUGAAGAUAUCAAGUCUAAACCUACAACUGGAUCUGCUGAUUCUCAUAUCCAGUCUUUCACUGGUAAAUACCCUGGAUCAGCUAUGAUUUAUCACCACAAAAAGAGUAGAGUUAUAACAGCCAGUCACAAAAUGAAAACAUGGCCAAUGAAACGAACACUCACAGAAUUUUCAUUAGAAUACAAGGGUCACAAAUCAGCUGUUGUGGCUUGUCUUUACAAUGAUAUGUUGAGACAACUCAUUACAUGUGAUGAGAAAGUUGUUUGUGUAUGGGAUGCCACAACAGGUAGGUUACUAUUCAAAUUUGCUGUUCAAAACAAAAUUUCAAAUGCUGUUCUUGAUACUCUAAAACGAAGAUUGAUCAUUUCAUCUCACAAUGGAGAGGUUUCAUUGUGGAAUUAUAUCAAUGGUCAGCAGUUAUUAGUUUGUUAUUCUCCUCCAUUAGAGAUUGACGAGAUCAUAGAAAAACCAGAAUACACAGAACCAGCUUAUAAUGACCUAGCAACUCCAAGAGGUGUUAUUGAUCAGGAAACAACUCUUCGAUCUUCUUUGGAAGAGAAGAAUAUUUCAUCACUUGAUUAUAAGGGCCUAGCUUUUGUUUUCAAAGAACUGAGAGGAAUUAGAUCGAUAGUCGCUGGAGGUAAUAACAAGAGAGUAGUAUUUUGGAAAGACGAUGAUCAGGACUCUUCUGUAGAGGAUUUCUCUCAUAGCUCAAUGAAAUUUCCAAAAGACAUUAAUGUAAUUCGUCAGUUUAGCGAUUAUUUGGCAGUGGGGCUUGACAAUGGAUCAAUAAUGACCAUAGACGCAAUCAAUGGUGAAUUGAAAUACUCUUCUCUCUAUACACAAAUACCAAAUUAUACCUAUGACAUACUUUACUUUAUCAACAAGCAGAGAAGAGUUAAAGCAGUACAAACUGAUAACCUUCCUCAACCAACAACUAAUUGUCAAAUUGAAGAUUUAAUGUUUUUAGAGAAUAGAGAUGGACUUCUUGUUUCCGCCAGAAGUAAUGGAAUAAUAUCAUUAUGGGAAACUAGAAAAUCCUUAAGUCAUCUUUACUCAUUCCAAACCACACCCAAUGGAGAAGCAAUUUCCUGUAUUUCAUGUAGCAGUACCAAUGAAACGAUUGUUCUUGGUGACUCUAGAGGAUUUAUUUAUGUUUAUGAUUUAACUGAUUUGCCAAGAGCCAAAUCCUUAGAAUUUACAAAACCAGAGAGUAUUGUUAUACAAAAGAAUAAUAUUAGACUUGUAAAAUCUUUUAAAGCUCAUACUGAUUCAGUUACAAGUUUGACUUAUCUUUCUGGGUUUAACCUUAUUGCAUCAUGUGGCUUAGAUUGUACAGUUGUACUUUUUGAUUUGUAUGGAAUUCCAAUUGGAUUUUUCGGACAAAAGAAUGAGUGGAAAGUUGGUUUGGAUUUUACCUAUGGAAGACAUGAAAUAACAGAUCUCAAACAUGUUAUUAAUCUCGAUCUUUCAAUGUAUAGAAAUGAUGAUGCAAAAGAUAGUGAAUUUGAUCAAGUCAUCAAAAGUAAAGAUGAGCUCAACAAGCUCAAUAAGCAAUUAGCAAAGAAAAAUAAUGUAAAUAACAGUAACAAUACCACCAGUUCCAGUAAUAAUGGAAGCGUUACUCCUCAGCCAGAUAAUAAUAUGAAGUUAACUAUUAACGAUCAACCGAAAUCACCUGUACCAUCAGGUUCCCAAAAGUAUAAUCAUAGCACUGCCUCAACUCCAGUUCAGAGAAGAUCACUAGUUAAAGAGAAUUCUAGAUCUAAUCUAAUGUCUCAAAGUCAAACACCACAACCAUCAGCAAAACAAAAGACACCAACACUUCUUGUUUCCACAUCUCCAUCAGAUCAACAACCAGUACAAGCUAAACCUCUCCUUAGUGUAUCAGACCCUAACAAACAAGCCAAUUUCCUUACUGUAGACACAAAACCGAAUGAGAAGAAGGGAGGAACACUUUCCACCUCUCAGACAAGAUAUCAAAAAUUGCGUGAAUUGGAAGAUAGAGUUUCAAAUCUCAUCGAGAAAUCCCUCAAAGAGCAAGGAGCUGUUGACCAAUCCACAACACCAAGAGAGGCUGGGGAAGGGGAAAACUCAUACGAAGACUCUAAAGAAUCUUCAGAGAGAAAAGCUCUGGAAAAGUUUCAGAAAACAUUACUUUGGUCCCAAGCUCAUGAUACUAAUUGGAUAGAUAGAGUGAGAACACUAAUUGAUGUUGAUGAUUAUUCAUUUGAAAGAAAUAUUGAGGAUUUCAUGGUAGAUCACAAGGUUCCCAAUACAUCACUUCUCCAAACCACUGUUUCCACAGUAGCUAAACCUGUACCAUCUACUCCCUCUUCUAAUAAGGGUAGGAACCAAGAAAAGAAUAUUGUUUCGAGUUCUGUGGUUGUUGUUGAGCCAAACAAAACAAGAAGUAGAUCUAUUGCAACUGCUCCAUCUGAAUUGAAUUCGUCAAAUAAUACCACUCUUCCAUCUCCUGUUGCUCAUCAUUCCCCUGCAACUACCUCACACUCUGAUAAGUUACCUCACAUUUUCAAAGGUAACAUGACAGAUUCUGCAACAGAGAGAAGAUCUCAAGCAAGUUCGACAUUUGACCAGACGGACAGAGAUUUUGAAAAGAAAAUCAAUAGUUUAUUUUCCUCUUUAGACAUAACCAUUAAGGAGAUCAAUAAAGUGCUUCUCUAGAGUUCUUGAU